CUGUGGAUUAUCCAGAUGGAUGGUAAUACUGAUUUCCUAGUGUUGUAUUUUUCAGAUGACCCAUACGGUGGUCCACCACAUCGGUGGCAACAAAAUCUUCCGCCCGCAGAGCAUGUAGUCACAAUGAUGCCAAAGCCAUCUCCUCCACCAGCUCCAGCAUCACGUCCACCACACUCACCACAGUAUGUUCCCCCACCACCACCACCACCUUUCACAAGCAGCAGUGGAGGUUCUGGUUCCAAUUAUUCAGGGGGUGAAACUCCACUCCCACCACCUCCACCAGGCUAUACCUUGGGAUUCUCUAAAAGCACAUUUACAUAUGAGGAACUAGCAUUAGCAACAGAAGGCUUCUCGGAUUCCAAUCUCCUUGGACAAGGUGGAUUUGGAUAUGUACACAAGGGAGUCCUUCCGAAUGGGAAGGAAGUGGCAGUCAAGCAGCUAAAAGCUGGAAGUGGGCAAGGGGAACGUGAAUUCCAGGCAGAAGUUGAAAUUAUUAGCCGUGUACAUCACAGACAUCUUGUUUCACUGGUUGGGUAUUGCAUGACUGGAUCGGAGAGACUACUUGUUUAUGAAUUUGUUCCAAAUAAAACUAUGGAGUUCCACUUACAUGGAAAAGGACAACCUACCAUGGAUUGGCCCACCAGACUGAAAAUUGCUUUAGGAUCUGCAAAAGGACUAGCAUAUCUUCAUGAGGAUUGUAAGCUCUCCGUGUCCGUGCACACACAGAAU